AUGAAGACCACCACUUACGUUUCCGCUCUUCUCGGCCUGGCCUCCGCCGUCAGCGCUCACUACACCUUCGACAAGCUCACCCUCUCUGGUACCCAGGAGGGAACUGAUAACCAGUACAUCCGCAAGCAUGAGAACGGCUACAUGCCCACCAAGUUCAAGGGCAUUCCCGAUGGUUCCAUCUCUCCCACCGACAAGGACUUUACCUGCAACAAGGGCUCUACCCCCUCUACCGGCGUCUUUAAGGUCAAGGCCGGUGAUGAGAUUGGUCUCAAGCAGGCUUACGGCGGUACUGGAAUGCAGCACCCUGGUCCUGUCCAGGUCUACGCUGCUCCUGUCAAUGACGCUACCAGCGACAGCCCCUAUGACCUUAAGUGGUACAAGAUUCACCAGGCUUUGAUCUGCAAGUCUGGCAACGCCGAGUCUCUCCGCUCCACUGCUUGGUGCUCUUGGGACGAGGACUCUGUCCACUUCAAGAUUCCUUCUACUCUUCCCGAUGGACAGUACCUCAUCCGUGGUGAGCAUAUUGCUCUCCACGGUGCUCACGAUGGCCAGGCUGAGUUCUACUACGCCUGUGCCCAGGUCGAGGUCUCUGGCAACAGCGCCACCAGCAUCCCCGGUACUUCUGUCUCUAUCCCCGGUGUCUACAAGCAGGACGACGCUGCUGUCAACUUCAGCCUCUGGGGCAGCUCUACCUCUUACGAUGUCAUCCCCGGUCCUGAUGUCAUCCCCGGUGGUACCAUUCGUGGUUCUGCUGACGGUGCCGGUGGUGAUGUCACCGAGACUGUUGAGGGCGGUUCUGACUCUGGUUCUGACUCUGGCUCCGACUCUGGUUCCGGUGCUUCUCCCACUGAGGGUUCUGCUCCUGCUUCUACCGCCCCUGCUUCUUCUACCGAGUCUUCUGCCGCUCCCGUUGUCCCUGAGAUUCCCGACUCUGCUGAGACCACUCCCCAGCCUACCCCCGUUGCCGCUGAGACCACUCCUGUUCCCUCUGCCGGUGACGGUGCCAGCAGCGGAUGCUCUUCUGGUUCUUCCAAGGCCCGCCGCCACGCUCGCCACUUCGCUGCUCACCGUUUCUAA